GGUGGCAGAGUGGUGAAGCAUUAACCUGGGGUCAGUAAGUCUGAAAAGGACACCCAGAAACAUUCCAGGGGAUGAAAGGAAAGGGGGACACUCAUACAUUGUUGAUGGAGUUGCAGUCUGAUCUAGCAUUUUGGAGAGCAACAUGCCUAAAGGCUACAGAAGUAUCCAAACCCUUGGAUGCAGCAGCACCACUGAGGUCUGUAUUCUGCAGAGAGGAAGAACGGGAGGGAAGGUCCUAUUUGAACAACCAUGUUUCUGGUAUUUUCUUCUUCUGGAUUUUGUGGUAGCAAAAAAUUGGAGAGGGGCAGCGGCCCAUUUGUGGGCAGUGGCUGACCGAGUUAUAGAGUGUGGAUGUAGGGCAACACCCUAAGAAAGGACGAGCUGGAGGAAGGGAGUGGACCGGUUGGCAAAAGCGAUGUCACUGUGACCCUGGAUGCAAUCUUGGCUUCUCCACGGAAGUGGUUCUCCAACGGGGUGGGGGUUGGGGGCGUAGGAGGCGCCCUGACCUUCGAAAACAAAUGCCAAACUGGGCAUUUCCGUGUAAAUGGGAGACCUGAAAGGCUGCCUGCGGGCCACGUGACCUCUGGGCUCCUGGGAUCCGCCGAGGGAAAUCGAGGAAGGAGGACGGCUCAAAGAAUGAAGGUAUGUGGAGCCCAGGGGAGGAUUCGCCCCUCCUGGAGACUUUAAAGAGAGUUAGGAGCCUACCUGAGGGAGGCAAGCACAGGAACGGCGGAGGACGACGGAGACGAAGGCCUCCCAGGGGGCGCGGCCCCGGGAGAAUGGGCCUGACCGUGGCCUGGGCCCGGCAGAGUCGGGGAAAGGGAGCCCAUCCCCGAGAGAAGGCGUGGGAGAUGGAAAUGACCGCAGAGAUUCCCUGCCGCCUACUUUCACUGAGGAAGUGCCAGCUUCAGACUCCGCCCCCCCAAGGAGGAGGGGGGAUGGGGAAGGUGGAGGGCGCAUGCGCCGGGGGCUGCCUUCGCUGUCCCCUCCUUCCCACCCUGCGUCCGGGUUUUCGCAGGCAUCAGGACCACCCGCUGGCCUCUAGCCGGUGGGGGCUACCGUGGAGCGGCCGGAAGGAGGUCUGAUGCCUCAUCACUCUGCCCAAGAGGGGAGCCCCAAGGAGGCUGGAGCCAGAACCCUGUUGGCCAGAUCCCAGUGCCUACACCCGCCUCUCUGCCCCUGGACUGGCAGGAGUGUGUUGGUGUUUCAGGAAGCAGUGACCUUCAGGGAUGUGGCUUUGGACUUCACCUGGGAGGAGUGGAGAUGCUUGAGCCUUGCUCAGAGGGAGCUCUACAGAGAUGUGAUGCUGGAGAACUACCGGAACCUGGUCUCCCUGGGACUUCUUGGCCCCAAGCCAGACCUCAUCUCCUGGUUGGAACAAAGGGAAGAGACUGAGAUCUGGGAUCCCCUGGGAUGGGCCACAGUAGGCACCUGUUCCUGUGAAGGAGGAGCCCAGGGAUGGAGCCACUCCACUCCUCACUUAUGUGCCGCCAUCUUUGAGGCAUUAGGUGGUGCAGUUUGGGAUUCUAAACCGAAGAACCAAGAGUCACCUCAAAAUCAGGAUGUGGGACCACCAGAGACAUUAGGGGAAAGACUCGACCAAGACGUUCUCCAGAGUUCCAUAUUUGGGAGGAAUCCUGCCCAGGAGAUCCCAUUGUGGAAGCAAACAGGAAACACUCCAAAGGAGACUCCAAGGAAAUUCAAGAAAUUGACUUUCUUCCACAAUAAGGAUCCCAGGGUGCAGAUAGACCAGGACUGUAUCAAUGUUGGAAAAAGUUUUAGUCAGAGCCUUUGUCAGCUCAAGAGAUCAUGGAAUGAUGAAGAAUGUCAGACUCUCCCGGCCCUUAUUCAACAUCAGAGAGGAAACAAGGAAGAAAACCCUUGGGAUUGUGGGGAGUUGAGAAAAACUUUUAGUCAGGAUGAACCUGCUAAGGGAAUUCCUAUUGAAGAGGAACCUUUCAAAAGUACUGGGUAUAAGACACUCAGGACAAGUUCACACCCUAUUCAAGAUCAGCUAAUGCAGAUGGAAGAUAAAUCGUAUAAAUGUAAGGACUGCGAAAAGAUCUUCUCUAGCCAUACAUGCCUUAUUAAUCAUGAGAGGAUUCAUUAUGGAUGUAAACUCUUUGAAUAUAAGGAAUGUAGGAAGGCCAUCAAGCAAAGCCCACCUCUUGUUCAACACCAGAGAGUUCGCAGUAAAGAAAAACCUUAUAAAUGUAAGGAAUGUGGAAAGGCCUUCAGACACAACUCAGUCCUUGUUCAACAUCAAAACAUUCACUCUGGAAAGAAACCGUAUCAGUGUAAGGAAUGUGGGACAGCCUUCAGCCAGAAAUCAUACCUUACCAAACAUCAGAGUAUUCACACUGGAGAGAAACCUUAUCAAUGUAAGGAGUGUGGGGCAGCCUUCAGACAAAGGUCAUACCUAACUAAACAUCAUAGGAUCCACACUGGAGAGAAACCUUAUCUGUGUAAGGAAUGUGGAGCAGCCUUCAGUCAAAAGUCUUACCUAACUAAACAUCAAAAAAUUCAUACUGGAGAGAGACCGUAUCCAUGUAAGGAGUGUGGAGCAGCCUUUAGGCAGAAGUCACAUCUUAAACAGCAUCAGAGAAUUCAUGCUGGAGAGAAACCUUACCCAUGUAAGGAAUGUGGAACUGCCUUCAGUCAGAGGUCAUACCUUACUAAACACCAGAGAAUUCACACUGGAGAGAAGCCUUAUUCAUGUAAUGAAUGUGGGAUAGCCUUCAGCCAGAGGUCAUACCUUACUAAACACCAGAGAAUUCACACAGGAGAAAGACCUUAUCAGUGUAAGGAAUGUGGAGCAGCAUUUAGGCAGCGGUCACACCUCAUUCAUCAUCAGAGAAUUCAUACUGGAGAGAAGCCUUACAAAUGUGGGGAAUGUGGGAAGGCUUUUAGGCAGAACUCAGUCCUUGUCCAGCACCAAAGCAUUCAUGCUGAAGAGAAACCUUAUCAAUGUAAGGGAUGUGGGAAAGCUUUCAAUUGCAAAUCACACCUCACUCGACACCAGAAAAUUCACACAGGCGAGAAACCUUAUGAAUGUACUAAAUGUGGGAAGGCCUUUAGUCGGAGCCUAACCCUCAUUGCACAUCAGAACAUUCACACAGGAGAGAAGCCUUAUAAAUGUCAGGAGUGUGGGAAGGCCUUCAGGCACAACUCAGGUCUUACUCAACACCAGGGAGUUCAUACUGAAGAGAAAUCAUACCAGUGUAAGGAUUGUGGGACGAUCUUCAGCCAGAAAUCAUACCUUGCCAUACAUCAGAGAAUUCACACUGGAGAGAAACCUUAUCAAUGUAAGGAAUGUGGGACUGCAUUUAGGCAGAGAUCACAUCUCAUUCAACAUCAGAGAAUUCAUACUGGAGAAAAACCUUAUAAAUGCAGGGAAUGUGGGAAAGCUUUCAGGCAGAACUCUGUCUUCAUUCAGCAUAGGAAGGUUCAUACUGAAGAAAAACCUUAUCAGUGCAAGGAAUGUGGGAAGUCCUUUAGGCAAAAUUCAGUCCUUGUUCAACAUCAGAGAAUUCAUACUGAAGAAAAACCUUUUCAAUGCAAGGAAUGUGGGAAGGUCUUCAGGCAGUACUCAGUCCUUGUUCACCACCAGAGAAUUCACACUGGAGAAAAGCCUUAUGAGUGUAUUAGAUGUGGGAAGGCCUUCAUCCGGAGAUCAGACUUGAUUUCCCAUCAGUUAAUUCACACUGGAGAGAAACCAUAUAAAUGUAGGGAAUGUGGGAAAGCCUUCAGGCAGAAUUCAGUUCUUAUUCAACAUCAAAGAAUUCACACAGGUGAAAAACCUUAUCACUGUAAAGAAUGUGGGACAGCAUUUAGGAAGAGGUCAUACCUCAUUCAGCAUCAGAGAAUUCACACUGGAGAGAAGCCCUAUAAAUGUAAGGAAUGUGAGAAGGUUUUCAGCAACUGUUCAGCCCUUUAUAACCAUGAAAGAAUUCAUAAAGGAGUGGAAUCCUAUGAAUGUAAGUAAUAUGAAAGAGUAUUCAGACAGAUCAAAGUCCUUACUCACCAUAAGAAAUCCUUACUAGGGACUAUGGAUGUGGAGUAUACAGAAAAUCCUUCAUUCAGGACUCAAAUCUUCACAUCAGAGAAUUUACACUUGAGAAAACUCUGGAAGUGUGAAGACCUUUAGUCAGAGAAUUUUUCCUAUACUGGAGAGAGUCAUCAACUUCCUGAAGAGGAAGUUUCAUUAAGGAGUCACUAAACCCUAAGAAUACACUGCCUGGAAAAAAAAAAAAACUUUGGUCAGAGAUCUACUAUAUUUCACCCUCAGCAAACUCAUCCUCAAGGAAAUUUCUACAAGUAUAAAAAAUGUGGGGAAAAUGUGACUGGUCAUGCCUAAAUCUAGUUCUUCUUGACCUUAAAAUAGCAUGGAAUGCUGCAAAUAAAGAAAAAGAAAAAGAAAGAAGAGGGAAAAGGGAGGAAAUAUUCCUAGUGGAAAUCUGAAAUACCAGCAAAGAAGUGGAAGAAAUGAGUCAAUUAAAAAAGAGCUCAAUGGCAUGGCCUAAAGUGAUGACUCCAGAAGAAUCAACUAGUCAGUAUUUAUUCAUUGUUUACUGUGGGUAAAGCAAAGUGCUGGGACCUGGAGAUACCAAGACAGAAAUGUCUGUUUUUGCUAUCAGAGAGGCUACAUUCUAGCAGGAGAGAGGAUGGGAACAAUACAUACAUACAUACAUACAUACAUACAUACAUACAUACUAAAAUACAUACAUAUGUACAGACUUAUCUAUAUACACUAUAUACUAAACAACCACAGGGCAUCCCCAGCUGAGGGGAUCAGGAAAGGCUUCCUCCUGAAGGCAGGAUUUGAUCUGAGUCUUGAAUGAAAUAGGAAUUCUAAGAUGAAGAUGAGAAGUAUAUUCUAGGCUAUGUGGCAAAGCCAGUGCAAAGGUUUGGAGACAGGAAAUGGGGAAGUAUACAAAGUCUUGGGAACAACAACUAGACUCAUUGUAGUAAGAAUAAAAGUGCCUCAAGGCUCCCAGAGUGAUUGAGCUUAUUUUCAAGUUAAAGAGGGAAUUUAGAGCUUAAAAAAAAAACAACCCUUGAAAAGACUGACAGAUUUGGUUCCUUUGAAUAGAAGGCGUAAUCUCUUAAAGCAGUGGAUACUCUGAAAAGAGAAUGUGUAGCACCUUCAGGGACAAUCAUUUAGUCAAUCAGCAAGUACUUUUAAACACUUAGUAUGUGCCGGAUACUUUGUGGGUGUGGGAGAUACAAAUAUAAAGAACAAUCCCUGCUCUCUAAGAGCUGAUAUCCUAAUGGAGGAAACAAGUGUAUGUUUAGAGUGUGUGUAUGGAUGUGUGUGUGUGCACACGUGUGCAUGCAAGCGGUGAAUAAAUACAAAUAUAUUUAAGAUACUUAAAUACAAGGUACCUUGAGAGGGAGGGCAGUUGGAUAAGGAAAGGCUUCCCAUAGAAGACAUGGCUUGAGCUGGGUCUUAAAGGAAGGGAAGGACUCUAAGAGGCAGAGAUGAGGAAAGAAUGCCUUCUAGGGAAGGGACACAGGCAGGGCAAAGGCAAAAAGAUUGGGGAUCAUGUGCAGUGUGUGAAGAGGAGAGAAGGCAACUUUGGCUGGCCUGCAGCCCUUAGGAAAAGGCAUGUAUGAUGAAGCCAGGAAGGGUCCAUGGUGUGAAACACUUAACAGCUUACCCAAGAGUCAAUGUUUUAUACUGGAGUCGAGAGGAAGCCAAUGGAGUUGAGUGAGGAGGGGCGUCUGUGGCCAGAUUAGGAUGUCAGGAAAAUAACUUUGUCGGCCGGGUGUAGAGAUGGAUUGAGGUGAAGAAAUGAAACAGGAGGCUUUUGCUGUAAUCUGUGCAAGAGAUGAUGAGGACCCGAACUAAGAUGGUAGCUGGGAAUGGAGAGAGGUCAGUUCUGAGAGGACGUAAAGGUAGAAAAAGCAGGAAUUGUGGGCGAGGGCGAUGCCAGAGUUGAGAACCCAGGAUGGAAGGUGAUGAUACCUUCAACACAAACAGGGAAGACUGCAAGGAGGAAAUCAGGAGCUCAGGGUUGGGCUUGGGGAGCUUAAAGUGUCGAUGGGACAGCUACUUUGAGAUUGCCCAGUGGGCAAGAUGAUGCACGAUUUAUAUGUAUGGAUACGUGGAAGCAUUGGCAUCCUGGGUUUAUGUGUAUAUAUGGAGAUAUAUGUAUGUAUGUGUGUAUGUGGAGACAUGCCUAUCUACAUGUAUCAACAGCCACAACAUAUACAUGUGGGUAUACAUACACAGAUACAUAUAUAUCUAUUGGCCAUAUGCAUAGGGAUGAUAGUUAAGCCUGGGGAGCUGCUGGGGUCAUUGAAAGACUCUCAAGGAUCGGUAUAGUAAAGACGACUCUGGAAAAGAGAAUGAGGCUGACAACUCUGUGCCUUUCUGCCUCACCUAAAUCCAACUCACGUGCAAGACGUCCCCCUCAUGAUGCCAUCGGAUCCUUUCAAGGUGAACAACAGGAGAGGGAAGACAAGGGAGCCCAGGGCAGAGACUUAGGGGAUGAACACCCAUGGCUGGGAGGAGUGACAUGGAUGAUGAGCCACAGAGGAGAUGGAGGGGUUGCCAGAUCACCAGUGGGAAGAGAGCCCAGAGAGAGCAGUGUCACAAAGCCAGAGGAGAAAGUGGCCAGGAGGAAAGGGUGGCCAACAGGGCAAGGUGAGGGCUGAAGAGAAGGUGGGAUUCAUUGUUAGGAAGGUCAGUGUCUGGUUGUUGUUGAUUCCUCUAAAUCUUUUGUAUUCUGCAGCUAUUCUUGGCUUGUCCAUGAGAGAGAGAGUAUUUGGGGAGGGUAGGGCUUGUUCUUUGUUUUGUUUUGCAUGAGGACCUUGCCUCUAUUCUCUGUGAGCUCCCCUUCCCUGUUCCUCAUAUCUACGAUUUCUUGAUGCCCUCUAAUGCCAUCUCCUUUACUCCAGUCUCUCAUGAAGAGAUGGCACCCUUUUCUUUGCCAAAAACAAGCCCUCGAUCUCCUUGAGCCUUCUCCAGAGGAGACCCCCCCCCAUCACCCUUUUCUCCCUAGUCUUUAUUUUCUCCAUCUCCUAGUUCCUUCCCUACUGCUUAAGACAUACCCAAGUCUCCCUCAUCCUGAAAAAUUUCCCUAGGCCCCACCAGCUGCCCAAGGUGGCAUCCAAAAUGUCUCCUCUCUUCCUUAGUCAUCUCAUAAAGCUUGUCUACACUCAUUGUCCCAGCUGGUUAAUUUCUCAGCCUUUUAUAGACUGGCUUCUGGUCCCAUCAGGCCACUAACAUUGCUCUCUGAUAUUAUCAGUUAAUGGCCACAUCUAAUGGCAUCUUCUCAUGACUCUUGUUCUUGACAUUGAUGACUUCCCUCUUCCUGGAUACUCCUUGGUUUGGGGUUUUCAUGGCAAUGGUCACUUUUGCUUAAUAAUAACAAUAGCUGGCCCACAUAUGGCACUUGAAGGCUUGCAAAGUGAUUUUUAAUCAUGUCAUUUGACUGUCAUUCAUCUCAAGAUGUCUAAGGGAGUGCCCUUCCACCUCUGCAUCCCAGACCCUCAUUUCUCUUGAGCCUCUCUCUCCAUGACCUUGUCAGCUCCCUUGGGUUUAAUUAUCAUCCAGCCCUGUUUGGAUUGUUCUCACAUCCCUGCUUCCUACACUGGUUUCUCUCUCUGGAACUCCAUUCCUGCAUCACCAACUGUCUGUGGGACAUUUUCACCUGCAUUCCCCAUGGACAUGUCCUAGACAUAAACCAUCGUCUUCAUCCCUCCCCCGACUUACUCCUCUGAACUUGCCUGUAACCCUCAGUGCCCCAGUGAACUCAUUCACACUCACCCCAAUCCAAGCUUCCAGUAUCUUUAGGAUCGGCCCCUUCUCUCUCCUUGUGAUUGUCACCUGCUUGGUCUCCUUGCCUUCAAUCUCUUCCUAAUCCAAGGUGUGUUCUACAGGACAGGAGUCACUAACCACGUCACUCCUAUCCUCAGUAACCUCCAGUGACUCCUCAUUACCAAGCAGAUCAAAUUCCAGAACCCCAUUUGGCAUGCAAAUAUUGUCAUGCCUUGGUCUCAGUGUCCCUUUCUGGCCUUCCUAACACUUUCAUCCCUCUGUGCACUCUGACCCAACCCAAAUGUCUUGCUGUUCUUCACAUAUGUUAAAUUUAAUUGUGGUUGGACUCUGAAAUAUAUUAUUAAUUAGGUGGUCUCCAGGGAUUUAAUUUUUAAAUCCCAAAAUGAAUUACCAAAGUAAAUGGAAUUUAUGGUAGUUUAUUUACAAUAUUUACAAUAGAAGGAAGAUGUUAAGGAAUGAGGGAGAGAGAGAAAACUCUGGUUUCUUCUGAUAUCAGUUAGAAUCUCUAAGCCCAGCCAGGAGAAGAGAGUUUCAAGAAGUUGGGUCUUUCCUGGAGGCUUCACACCUCCAGAAAGGCAGGGUCACUAAGUCAGCUUUUCACUCACCAGUGGUGUCAGUCUAAAAGAAGUCUGGGUGUCUAUUCCAGUCACUCCUCCCAGUCAGUGCCCGAAUGUCCCGAAUCAAUUGAAUCUCCCAAACUCCUCUUCUUGUGUCACCUCCCCUAAAUUUCACAUCUACCAAUCACAGCAGACACUUUUCUCCAGGACUGCCCAUUCUUUAGUUCUCACCUUCUUUGGUUAGAUUAUCUUUUAGGUUACUUAACACCUCUUUGUAGUUCACCUUUUGUAGUUACUUAACACUUUUUUGUGGUUAAAAUCUAAAAAUAGAUUGUAGCUUACAAUUUUAUCUUCACAAUCAAGAAAGAGCUAAGUACCUUCAUUGUUACAAUCAGGAGAUGGCUAAAUCCAGUCUUCACAUAUACAACAGUCUGCCUCCCGUCUCCAUGUAUCCAUCCUGGCUCCCCAAUCCUGAAGUCUGCUCCCUCCCUCCUCCAGAAUCCCUGGUUUCCUUAAAAAUUUAGCUGAAGCCCCACCUUCUCCAUAAGGUCCUUUCUGGUUUCCCCUCAGCUUCCCAGAUGCUAGUUCUCAUCUCCCAUUGCCUCAACUCUAAUUUGUAUUUACCUGUAUAUGUACCUUGCUCUGCUUCCUCUAAUUUAGAGGCAGCCAGGUUGCACAGUGGAAAGAGAACUGGACAGGUCAGGAAGACCUGAAUUCAAAUACAGCCUUGAUGCAUAAUAGCUGUGUAACCCUGGCCAAGUCAUUUCACUUAUGCCUGCCUCAGUUUCCUCAUCUGUAAAAUGAGGAUAACAACAGCUUCUACCUUCCAGGGUUGUUUUGAGGAUCCAAUGGGAUUAUAUUUGUAAAAUGCUUAGCAUGGAGCCUGGCCCUUAGUAGAUGCCGAAUAAAUGCUUAUUCCUUUCCUCUUCCCAAGCUCCUUGAGGACAGGGGCUGUUCCGCUUUUGUGUUUCUAUGCUCAAUGCCUGGUACCCAGCAGGCACAUAAUAAAGGUUUGUUGAUUCA